AUGGUCGACAGCGGUUUAAAUAAGAGCAGCGCGUCGAAGUGUGGGACCAUUGGAACAACAGUGUUGAGACCAGUGUGGGGAAACUGCGCGGACACGCGCACACAUGGCACACAUGCGUGCAGCCCGAAUCCGAUUUCAAUGUUCCUGGGGUCGUUGGCUUGUCCUUCGGCGUAUCGACCCUUUCAAAUUUUGGACUUGCAACGAAAAAUCUGUCUCGUGCAAUUUUGCCUGGGAGACCAUGGAAAAUUUUUGGUGGCCAUCAGGGCGGGUCACCACAGGAAACUUCGCAGCUUGUACCCGCUGUUUUGUGAAGGCCUUGUUGAUUGCGUGAUUGCGUUUUGA